AUGCUGGCCUUCUCAUCCCUCAUCGCCUCGCGUGCAGUGGCACCCGCCCGUGCAAACGGCGGCGACGCUCUUUUCUUUGGCGAGCGCGCUGCCCGUGCUGGCGUCAGCGCGCUGCCCGUCCGCAUUGCCACCUUUGACGGCAUCCGUGGAGUGGAGGCGGCGGAGGCGCUAGACGCGGGCGCUCGCGUGCUCGCUGUGCCGGCCGCGAACGCGCUGCAGGUGACGCCGGACUCGCCCUGCCCUCGGUGGGUCGACCCGAAGGUCUGGCGCUCUGCAGCGUGGGACCUCCGGCUCGCGCUGCUUCUGCUGCGGGUGAAGCAGCAGGCGGAGCGAGGCGAGGGGCUGAACGAGGCGCGCGCGGCGUGGCUCGACCUCCUCCCGCGCAGCUUCGACACGCCCCUCUACUGGUCCGACGCAGAUCUCGAGGCGACGGGCUACCCGCCGCUCAUCGAGGCGCAGACCCGCUCAGACCAGACAGACAGGACAGGCAGGACAGCGGUGGCAAAGCAGCGGGCGCUCUGGUCCAAACACCGCGAGGAGGUUGCUGCGUCGGCGCGCGCGAUGGGCGAGCAAGCGAGCGGCGAGGCGGAGGCGGGCGUGCAGCCCCUCUGCGCUCCGAGCGGCGAGGAACUGGACUGGGCCCUCUCGUGCGCGGCGGCGGCGCAGCUCGGCUUUGCGGGGCUACUCGGACUGGUGUCUGUGGUGGGUGGCUUCCUCGCGCCGCAGCAGGCUGUCGACGGCGUCUCUGUCGUGGGCGUGUCGCCCGUCUUCUCAGACGUCUCUGAUGGCGUGUCGCUCGUCUUCUCAGACGUCGUCGCGUCGCGGCUGCUAGCGCGCGGCAAGAGGCACGUCCUCUGCCCGCACGUCCUCUGCCCGUACCUGGACAUGCUGAACCACGCCUCCUCCCGCUCGGGCUCGCGACUCGAGUACGACUACUUUGGCGACGCGUUUGGCGCGUCCCUCGACCCCGCCGCCGGCCCGGUCCCGCCGGGCGCCGAGCUGCUCAUCUCAUACGGCGACCGCUCCAACGACCAGCUGCUCCAGUACUACGGCUUCGUCGAGGCCGGCAACCCGCACGACUCCUUCCUGGUCGACCAGCAGUCCUUUCUGCUCGCUCUCGGCGAGGCGGACCCGUACCCGAAGGAGCGGCUGCGCAGGCUCAGCCAAGCGCGAGUGCCGCUGACGGACAACACCGCCGCCGUCAGCCUCACCGCCGAGGGGGGAGGCACGCGGCGCAGUCGGCGGGGGGGGCUCCUCACGUGUGGCUUCAUGCUCCACGCCUACCGUGCUAUAGGUCCGCGCGCGAUGCAGCUGGCGCGGCUCCUCUUCCUCGCGGAGGCGGACCUCGCCGACGACGGCGCCUCCCCCUCUUCUCCCGCGGGCGAGGAGCGCGCCCGCCGCGCCGUCGGCGCCGCCGCGGCUCUCGUCUGGAAGCAGCGGCGCGACAGUCGUCUUGAAGCAGCCGGCGCCGGGUUCGCAAAGGGUUCGCCGACAGACGCGCCCUCCCGCCACCGCGGGCUCGCCCGCGCCUUCGCCGCCGAGAAGGAGCGCGUGCUGGAGCGGUGCGUCGCCGCGUGCGGCGGAAGGUGUGAGUGA